GGGGAGACGCCCGCCCGCCAGCCCGGGCCUCGCCUACGGCCGCUCCCUCCGCCUCUUCCCCGCCCCGAGCCCUAGUCUGCCCGUCCUUCCUUCCCCUCCCGUGCAUGAUGGAAACACCAUGGCUGCGGCGGCCCAGUUCUCCCUGACACAGUUAUCAAGUGGGAAUCCUGUAUAUGAAAAAUACUACAGACAGGUGGAUACAGGCAAUACUGGAAGGGUGUUAGCUUCUGAAGCCGCUGCUUUCCUGAAAAAAUCAGGGCUUCCAGACUUGAUACUUGGAAAGAUCUGGGAUUUAGCUGACACAGAUGGCAAAGGUAUCCUAAACAAACAAGAAUUCUUUGUUGCUUUGCGUCUUGUGGCAUGUGCCCAGAAUGGAUUGGAGGUUUCGCUGAGUAGCUUGAACCUGGCUGUUCCUCCACCAAGAUUUCAUGAUACCAGUAGUCCUUUGCUAAUCAGUGGAACCUCUGCAGCUGAGCUGCCAUGGGCAGUAAAAUCUGAAGAUAAAGCCAAAUAUGAUGCAAUUUUUGACAGUUUAAGCCCUGUGAAUGGAUUUCUGUCCGGUGAUAAAGUGAAACCAGUGUUACUCAACUCUAAAUUGCCUGUGGAUAUCCUUGGAAGAAUAAAGUUAGCAGUUGCCAUGUUUUUGGUGUACUGUGCACUGGAGAAAGAACCUGUGCCAAUGUCCUUGCCUCCAGCCUUGGUGCCACCUUCUAAGAGAAAAACGUGGGUUGUAUCCCCUGCAGAAAAAGCAAAAUAUGAUGACAUCUUCCUGAAAACUGAUAAAGAUAUGGAUGGAUUUGUGUCUGGAUUGGAGGUCCGUGAAAUCUUCCUGAAAACAGGUUUACCUUCUGCCUUACUGGCCCAUAUUUGGGCAUUAUGUGACACAAAGAACUGUGGGAGGCUUUCAAAGGAUCAAUUUGCCUUGGCUUUUCACUUAAUCAAUCAAAAGUUAAUAAAGGGAAUUGAUCCUCCUCACAUUCUUACUCCUGAGAUGAUUCCACCGUCAGACAGGGCCAGUUUACAAAAGAACAUCGUAGGAUCAAGUCCUGUUGCAGAUUUCUCUGCUAUUAAGGAGCUAGAUACCCUUAACAAUGAGAUAGUUGAUUUACAGAGGGAAAAGAAUAAUGUGGAACAAGACCUUAAGGAGAAAGAAGAUACUAUUAAGCAGAGGACAAGCGAGGUUCAGGAUCUUCAAGAUGAAGUUCAGAGGGAGAACACUAAUCUGCAAAAACUACAGGCCCAGAAACAACAAGUACAGGAACUCCUUGAUGAACUAGAUGAGCAGAAAGCCCAGCUGGAGGAGCAGCUCAAGGAAGUCAGAAAGAAAUGUGCCGAGGAGGCCCAGCUGAUCUCUUCUCUGAAAGCUGAAAUAACUAGUCAGGAAUCACAGAUUUCCACUUACGAAGAAGAACUGGCCAAAGCCAGGGAGGAGCUGAGCCGCCUACAGCAAGAAACAGCAGAAUUGGAGGAGAGUGUGGAGUCAGGGAAGGCUCAGCUAGAACCUCUUCAGCAGCACUUAGAAGAUUCACAACAGGAAAUCAGUUCAAUGCAAAUGAAACUGAUGGAAAUGAAAGACCUGGAAAAUCAUAAUAAUCAGUUAAAUUGGUGCAGUAGCCCACACAGCAUUCUUGUAAAUGGCGCGACAGAAUAUUGUAGUCUCAGCACCAGCAGCAGUGAAACGGCCAACCUAAAUGAACAUGCUGAAGGCCCCAGCAACCUAGAAUCUGAGCCCAUACAACAGGAGUCUCCGGCAAGAAGCAGUCCUGAAAUACCACCCCCGGCUGUGACUGAUGAAAACGAAGUGCUGACUGUAGCUGUUAACGAAGAAGUUUGUCCUGAAUUUGACACUGGCAGACGUUCAAAAGAGGAAGAUCCAUUUAAUGCAGACCCAAGUUCACUAACAGAUCCAGUUACAGAUACAAACUUGGAUUUCUUCCAGUCUGAUCCUUUUGUUGGUAGUGAUCCUUUCAAAGAUGAUCCUUUUGGGAAAAUUGAUCCAUUUGGUGGUGAUCCUUUCAAAGGUUCAGAUCCGUUUGCAUCUGACUGUUUCUUCAGCCAGUCUUCCACUGAUCCUUUUGCCACUUCAAGCACUGACCCUUUCAGUGCAGCCAGCAACAGCAGUAAUACAUCGGUAGAAACACUGAAACACAAUGAUCCUUUUGCUCCUGGUGGAACAGUUGUUGUUGCAGCAAGUGAUUCAGCUACAGACCCUUUCGCUUCUGUUUUUGGAAAUGAAUCAUUUGGAGAUGGAUUUGCUGACUUCAGCACAUUGUCAAAGGUCGACAAUGAUGAUCCUUUUAAUUCAGCCACAGUGAGCUCUGGCAGCAGUGUGGUUAUUACAAAAAAUGUGUUUGAGGACACGUCAGUGAAAAGUGAAGAUGUACCCCCCGCACUGCCACCAAAGACCGGAACUCCAACAAGACCCUGCCCACCACCACCUGGGAAAAGACCCAUCAACAAAUCGGAUUCUUCUGAUCCCUUUAAAAUGAAUGAUCCAUUUCAGCCUUUCCCAGGCAAUGAUAGCCCCAAAGAAAAAGAUCCUGAUAAGUUUUGUGAUCCAUUCACUGCUACUCCUACCACUGCCAAUACAGAGGCUGGCCCAGGUGAUUUUGCUGACUUCAGUGCUUAUCCCUCUGAAGAAGAUAUGAUUGAAUGGGCCAAGAGGGAGAGUGAAAGAGAGGAGGAACAGAGGCUUGCCCGGCUGAAUCAGCAAGAGCAGGAAGACUUAGAACUGGCCAUUGCACUCAGCAAAUCUGAGAUAUCAGAAGCAUGAAGAAUUCUUUGUCCUUUGUCAACAGUCCCAUUUUCUUCUUCCUGAAUACUGGAGCUAUUUACGAUGUGUAAAAAAACUACCGAUGAGCAUGGAAAUACACAAGGUUUGAGAUUCCUAUAAAUGUGACAAAAUUUUAAGUUUGGUUUUUUGUUUGUUUUUUAAACACCAUUUCAGAUUUGUCACUUUCUUGUGCAAGCAGUAACCCAGUCAGACACCUUCACCUAGGUCCCCGUUCUGGUGUACGUUAGUGUGAGCUUCUGCCUGCCUCUGCCACGUUAACCCGAAAAGCUAGAGCACCCACGCUUCUGCCUUCUGGAACAUAGAGAAGUAGUUUCACCCUAUGCCGCACUUGCUCUGUAGUUACUCUGAUGAUAGCCAGUGGGGUUCUUAGUGUUCAGUAUUCUCCCUGAUUUAAUGGUUGAGGGAGAGUAAGGGAAAGAACAUCUUAUCUCCUUUAUGAUUACUGCAAAGGAAGUAUUAGUUUAAAUGCAUUAGUUUAAAUGCAUUUUUAUAUUCCCUUAUAGUAAAAAUACUGUUUAAUUUGUUUUUUAGAGACAAGGAAACAUAUUUCAACUUUACCACUGAAAAAGGAAUACUUUGGUUGAACCAUUACAGCUUUAGAUUCGAUCUUUUCCUAAAUAAAAAUGUUAAAGCUUCA